UCCUAAAACAUCUCACCAACCAAGUGUGUUUGUUUGGGUUAAUUUAAUUUAGGUUUUUGUUCAAGUUCACAAUUUUUGUAAAUUUACUUCGUUUCAAUUAGUGUUUUGUUGGUUGUUAAAUGUGGAUUUACCAAUCUGUUUUUCUGUGUGAACCAUACAUAUUUUUAUAGUGCAUUUGAUUAACAUUGUGUCAACCAAAUCAAUCCUCUGGAUAACCAAAGAGAGUCUUAGAUAAAGAGGAAAUAGAGUCGAGGCUUCAAGAAAAAAAAAUAGGAAGCGAUGAUGCGAUAAACAUGGUUCAUUGGGGAUGCUGUUACUUGUUAAAAUUGUCUUCGGUAAAAUUAAAUUUCAUCAAGAUGUGUUCCACUCAAGUGAAUUAUUGUGAUCAUCAUGUUUGUGCGUUCCUUUAUAAUUGAGUAAUAUUAAGGUUAAACAAAAAUUGUUUAUCCGCCAUCAAAUAAGACACCGUUUUUGUUAUACAAAUUUUCUUCAUGUUUUUCAAGCAACCCACAGUGAUGAUUAAAACAGCAGGUAUUAGCAAGAUGACAGAUAAUUGUUUAGAUAUUAAUCAACUGCCUAUAGAGGUCCGGGAAAAACUGGCUGAGCUUGAUUUAGAGUUAAGUGAAGGUGAUAUAACUCAAAAAGGUUAUGAAAAGAAAAGAUCUCGCCUAUUGGCUCCAUAUCUUUCCUGCCAGCCCGCUCAAGGAUCCGCUAGCCCAUCAACCCGUGCCAAAAGACGAGUUCACCGUCGAUUAACCCGGCAUGAGUCUCGUUAUCACUCUGAAGUUCGCCAAGAAGCCGUUCAACAGGCUUUAGCAGCUAUGCAAAACAGGGUUAAGCCAUCUUUACCCAUGCCAUCGAAAAGAACCUCUUUAAUGGCAACAACAACCUCACCUUCUCGAGAGAAUCGAGUAACUGGAUUAACAGAUACAUCAUCUGAUGAAGAAGACGAGGAUUCAUUGAUUAAUGAGAGUAGUGGUGGAGGAACUCCAGAUGAUGAUCUCUUUAUAUCUGUUCGUCCAACCCAUCUUAUUAGUGGACACAACAUUCGCCAGCAAAAAUCUUAUGACCAACAACCUAAACAUCAUUAUCAUCAUCAAUCUUCAACUGAUACUUCAACAACUUCUUCACCCGCUCAUGAACCCAAUUUACCACCUCAACCUUUACCACCCAGAGUCAUUGGUGUACAAGGUUUUCGUGAUCAUCAACCAUCCUCACCAGUUGAACAUCGAAGUAAAGAAAAAAAGGAAAUCAAAGCACCGUCCAUUGUUCCUAGGGAGAGUAAACAAUCGUCUCAACGGCAAUUACAAUCAGCUUUUCAAAAUCAAUUGAAAGCUCAUCUCAAAGAUAAAGUGAAAACACCAAUUACAUCAUCAACACCGCAACAACCACCCUUAAUACCCUCACCAGCAUCCUCUAUGCAACAACCAUCUUCAACAACUGUUAACAAUCUUGACGAUAAUGACCAACCACCAUUACCACCGCCUCACCAGUCAACUCAAUAUCCUCCAAGAAUGAUGAAACAACAUCAUUUCAAUAAUAACAAUAACAGUAAUAACAACAACAAUAACAAUAAUAUCAACCUGAGCAGUAGUAUUAAUAAUAAUAAAGAUAAUUUAAGCCGUGGUUCUGGUGAUGGUACUGGAAGUGGUGGAAGUAGUUAUGAUGAUAACUGUAGUAGUAGUGAGCGACCACCUGAAAAACCUCCUCAAAGGAUAAGUUCUAGAUCAGAUACAAACAUCAUGAGCAUAACCGAUAUGCUGCAAAGUUUAUCAACAACAAAUACAAGUUUCUCCACACAAAAUCAACAAUCUCAACCUGAUGUAACCAAAACUAAUAACAAUAAUGAUUCUUUAUCACUUAGCAGAACCUCACCCUCAAGUCAAGAUAUUGGCCCAGAAUAUGAUAAUGUUUAUGGUCAUCAAGAAAACACUGGUUCACCAGUGCGCACCAGUCGAUCACCAUCUAUCGAUACUUAUGGUACAGGUAGAUGGAAGGUAUCAGCCAAAAUCCAGCAGCUUUUAAAUACACUAAAAAGACCAAAGAAAAGACCACUCCAUGAUUUUUAUAUUGACGAUGAAACUGAUUUAGAAAUAGCUGCCAAUCAAUUGGAUCCAUCAGCACCUAGACCAGAGGGAAGUACCAUGUUGCCAUCAGUCAGUGAACCUCUCAUAGUUUCCUCUGGACUACCCAAAAGUUUAGAGGAAGCUCUUCAACGUUACGGUUCAGCAACCUUUAAAGCUCCAGCAAUCACUGUUCUCGAUCCUACUGGAAAGAUUAGUCCCUCGAUAACUUAUGGCAAAUUACUGAGUCGAAGUCGCAAAAUUGCAUACAAUUUAUUAAAUAAAAUUGGUCAAAAAGGUCUUACCACUGGGGCUGAAACAACAACUAUUAAACCCGGUGACCGUGUAGCAUUAGUUUAUCCAAACAGUGAUCCAAUUGGAUUUAUUUGUGCUUUCUAUGGCUGUCUCAUGGCUGGAAUAGUUCCGGUUCCAAUUGAGGUUCCCAUGUCCAAAAGGGAUGCUGGAUCACAACAAAUAGGCUUUCUUUUAGGCUCUUGCAAUGUUUCUUAUGCACUAACAGCUGAUGCAUGUUUCAAGGGAUUACCCAAAUCACCCGGAACUGGUGAAAUUCAUACCUUCAAAGGUUGGCCACCUUUAACCUGGUUAGUUCCAGAUAAUUGGUCAAAACCGCCAAGAGAUUGGGUUCCACCGCCAAGGAUCUCUGAAGAGGUUCCAGCUUAUGUUGAAUAUACUCUUGAUAAAGAUGGUUCAAUGAAAGGUGUUUGUGUCUCUCGACAAGCCAUGAUUUCCCACUGUCGAGCUUUAACCAGUGCUUGUAAUUACACUGAAGGUGAUGUUAUGGUUUGUGUAUUGGACUUUAAACGUGAAGUUGGACAUUGGCAUUCAGUGUUAACCAGUGUCCUCAAUGGAAUGCAUGUCAUCUUUAUACCUUACUCACUAAUGAAAAUAAAUCCCUCCUUUUGGAUGUUAAUGAUUACCAAAUUUAAAGCAACUGUGGCCAUCUGUAAAUCUCGUGAUUUACAUUGGGGAUUAUUGGCAACCAAGGAACACAAAGAUGUAAAUUUAUCAACACUUCGAAUGUUAUUAGUGGCCGAUGGCUCCAAUCCAUGGUCACUUUCCUCUUGCGAUCAAUUCAUGAGUGUAUUCCAUAGUCGCGGACUUCGCCCUGAUGCUGUUUGUCCCUGUGCUGCUUCACCAGAAGCUCUUACCGUUGCCAUCAGAAGACCUGGCCGUACGGGGGUUGGAGCAACUGGACGUGGAGUCCUCUCAAUGUCGGCGCUAAGUUAUGGUGUAAUUCGUGUUGACCAGGCCAAUAGUUUAACCUCUUUAACCUUACAGGAUUGUGGACAUAUCUUACCCGAAGCAACAGCUGCAGUUGUUAAAUUGAAUGGAUCACCCUAUUUAUGUAAAACAGAUGAAGUCGGUGAAAUUUGUAUUAGCACAACAGCCACUGGAUCGUGUUAUUGGGGCCUCCAAGGAUUAACAAAUAACAUAUUUAAGAUGCAACCACUCAAUUCAGAUGGUUCAGUCUAUUCCGAGAGUCAGACCUUUGUUCGUACAGGACUCAUUGGGUUUAUGGGACCUGGAGCUCUUGUCUUUGUUUGCGGUACUCGUGAUGGUUUAAUGCAAGUUUCAGGUAGAAAGCACAAUACAGAUGACAUUAUCGCUACAGUUCUUGCAGUUGAACCAAUGAAAUUUGUGUACCGAGGUAGAAUCGCUGUUUUCUCAAUCAAAGUACUUCGUGAUGAUCGUAUCUGUGUUAUUGCUGAACAAAGGCCCGAUUGUACCGAAGAGGAAAGUUUCCAAUGGAUGAGUCGAGUUUUACAAGCAGUUGACUCUAUCCAUCAAGUAGGAAUUUACUGUCUAUCAUUGGUUCCACCCAAUGCUUUACCCAAAACCCCAUUAGGAGGCAUUCACCUUCCUGAAGUUAAACGUCGAUUCCUCGAGGGAAGCCUACAUCCAGCCAAUGUACUGAUGUGUCCACACACUUGUGUAACCAAUUUACCCAAACCAAGGGAGGUUCAUCUUGAAAUUGGCCCUGCUUCAGUUAUGGUGGGCAAUAUUGUCCAAGGAAAUAGGCUUGCAGUUGCUCAAGGCCGGGAACUUGGAUCCAAUGCAGAUGAACCCAUGUCUAUGGGUGAAAAUGAUUUUACCCGGAAAUAUCAAUUUAUUAGUGAAAUAUUAAAAUGGAGAGCAGUGACCACACCCGAUCACAAUAUGUAUACUCUUUUAAAUAAUAAAGGAUGUGAGGCAAGUUCAGUUACCUGUUUAGGAUUACAUAAGAGAGCUGAAAGAGUUGCCUCUCUUUUACUUGAACGCGGUAAACUAAACACUGGUGACCAUGUUGCACUCAUCUAUCCACCUGGUAUUGAUCUCAUUUGUGCAUUUUAUGGUUGCCUGUACAUCGGUGUUGUUCCAGUUACCAUUCGACCUCCUCAUCCUCAAAACCUUCAAACAACCUUACCCACGGUGCGAAUGAUUGUGGACGUUUCUAAAUCAGCCAUUAUCUUAUCCACCGGACCUGUUAUUAAAUUGCUCAAAUCCAAGGAAGCCUCAAAUGUUGUAGAUAUGAAAUCAUGGCCACUUAUCAUAGACACUGAUGAUUUACCCAAGAAAAAGUUAACCUCAAUCUAUCGAGCACCAACACCUGAAAUGAUUGCUUAUCUUGAUUUUUCUGUUAGCACAACCGGCAUGUUGGCUGGUAUCAAGAUGUCUCAUGCUGCUGCCACAAGUCUUUGUCGCUCUCUUAAAUUAGCCUGUGAACUUUAUCCUUCAAGGCACAUUGCUCUUUGUCUAGAUCCUUAUUGCGGCCUUGGUUUUGUCCUUUGGACUCUUAAUUCAGUCUAUUCUGGACAUCAUUCUAUUCUCAUUCCACCUUCUGAAGUUGAAGUCAAUCCUGCUCUCUGGUUAACAGCUGUUAGCAUGUAUAAAAUACGUGAUACAUUUUGCUCCUAUGGAGUCAUGGAGCUUUGUACCAAAGGCUUAGGAACCGGAAUAAAUGCACUCAAGCAAAGAGGCGUUAAUCUUGCUUGUGUCAGAACCUGUGUAAUUGUGGCCGAAGAGCGACCUCGAGUCUCAUUAACCAAUUCAUUUUCCAAGUUAUUCUCAUCCCUUGGUCUUUCUCCUAGAGCGGUUAGCACCAGUUUUGGGUGUCGUGUUAAUGUUGCCCUUUGUCUUCAAGGAGCCUCAAGUCCAGAUCCGACAACUGUUUACGUUGACAUGAGAGCUCUUCGUAAUGAUAGGGUUACUCUUGUUGAACGUGGUGCUCCUCAUAGUCUGUGUCUCAUGGAAUCAGGUAAAUUAUUACCUGGAGUCAAGGUAAUCAUUGCCAAUCCGGAGACUCGGGGUCAUUGCGGGGACACCAAUUUAGGUGAAAUAUGGGUACAAGCACCGCACAAUGCAAGUGGCUAUUUCACUGUAUAUGGAGAAGAUGGACUGCAAAAUGAUCAUUUCAAUGCUCGUCUGACAACUGGUGAUACAUCACAAGUUUAUGCAAGAACGGGUUAUUUGGGAUUCUUAAGGCGAACUGAAUCUGUUCAAGCUGAUGGAGAACUUCAUGAUGCCAUAUUUGUAGUUGGAGCUUUGGAUGAAACGAUAAUGUUACGUGGGAUGAGAUAUCAUCCAAUUGAUAUUGAAAAUAGUGUUUUACGGUGUCAUAAAAAGAUUGCUGAAUGUGCAAUUUUUACUUGGACAAAUCUUUUAGUUGUUGUCGUUGAAUUGGACGGUAAUGAAAAUGAAGCCCUAGAUCUGGUACCUUUAGUGACCAAUGUUGUCCUGGAAGAGCACCAAAUGAUUGUUGGAGUCGUUGUCGUUGUCGAUCCAGGAGUAGUACCAAUAAACAGUCGUGGAGAGAAGCAAAGGAUGCACCUUCGAGAUGGUUUCCUUGCCGAUCAAUUAGACCCUAUUUAUGUUGCUUACAAUAUGUGAUUCUUAUCUAUCUUAGCUAUUCACUUUCUAAAUCCUAUUCAUUUCAUUCUCCUUUUUAAUCAUCCCAAAUCCUCGCCAAUUUUCAUUUCCAUUUAUUCAUUGACGCUUAUCACAUUCUCACCAUGGUUUGCUCAUGUUUCAAAAAGUGAACCUUUUCUUAGUUAACAUGACAUCUUAUGUCAGCAAGAACAAAAAAAUCAGUAUCAUUUUUCGUUAACCCUUUUAUUGAUCCCACAAUUUGUUGAUAACAGCAAAAUUUUGUCAUUACAUUUUCAACAUUUUAUUCAUUUUUUCACUCAAUCCUCCACCAAACAUGAUAAAAGAGACAACAAAGGCCAUUGACAGGAUAAACCUUUCCUACUACUUCACCAUCAUCACUGUUGAUCAUCAUCCAUACACCACCUUUUUAAUUAAACAAGCAUCGAUAAAAAUUAACCAUUAGAUUCAGCUGACUGUUAUUUUCAGUUGUUUGAUAUUAUUGUUCCAAAUUGCUUCAUUUACUGAAAAUAAUUGCAGUUCCAUUGUUUUUUA